AUGGACUCGAAAAUAGGUGUUGCAAAGUUCCAGAUUAAGGAAGUUAUAGCUGAUCUUCCACUUAAUAAGAAAAUAUGUCAAGCUCUUGAGAAAUUGGGAGGAAAAUUGCCAUCCAUUAUUUCCAAAUUACAAUUCCAUGACGAGUUCAUUAUUCCUGAAUGUUUACGAUAUCUAUUUCAUGUUGUCUUUCCAUUGGCUUCUAAAUUAUUAUAUUGUGACAAAGAGGUUACAAAAGUUGUUUCGUUUAUUCAUGUAAAAACGGCUGAACUAUUGUUGGAGCAUGAUUUGUUCUAUAUUGGAAAUCCUUUUCCCAUUAAUGAUCCGAAAUCAGCUAGUCUCUAUGUAAAGAAAGCAGAAAUAUCCAAAGUGUCAAACAAUGGUGAUUUUCCAAUUUAUUUGCGUUAUAGAAUUGAUGAAAAUUCUCAUAUUCGAUACAUAACUAAGAGUUUCCUAUUCUCAGAGUUUAUUUCUAAAGUGAGAAUUGAAUAUUUCUAA